CACCGCGAGCAGGCACGACAUUAGCAGCGGUCGAUUGCUUCAUUCAUUUACUGACAAGAGUAGCGCAGCGUGUGCCAAUGCAAAGUAGGCAACACUCAACCCCGCUAGGCGCUUACUUUGGUAUGAUAUUUCGGCGGUGAGCGAUGGAAAUGAAAGACUCAUGCAGUGUAAUUUUAACAGCAUACCAUUCAUAUGCACCGUCCAGGAUACAUUUGGUGGAUGAGGGCUAUGCGCCUCCAAGACACUCUCCUUGCAGGAAGGUGCAGUACCAGGGGAUAGGCCUACUAGGCAGGAUGAGUUCCACGGGGACCAGGCCCUCUUCCCCCCCCAGCCCACCGGAGCGGCCGGCGUCGCGGGACUCUCAGGACUCCCAGGACUCCAUGGAGGACUACUGGAGCGAAGUGAAGAACAUCGAGGAAGAUGGCCAGCGGGGCCAUGAGGACUUGCUGGAGAGGGGCAGUAUGGACGAGGCGGAGCUUGAGGAGGCGUGGCUGCAGGAUGCGGGUCUGUCCACGCUGGUGUCGGGGGCGUUGGGGGAGGGGCCUGCGGAGGCGCUGCUCUCCACGCUGACGCGCUCGCAGGCAGCCAUGGUGAAGAAGCGUGUGGAUAAUUACACCCUCACCGUGAGGAAGAGGAGCAAGCAGCCGACCAGACACGUCCGAGACGUCUUCUCCACGCCAGACACAUCGCCAGUUGAUCCCAUACCCCCUGUCCCCCCCAAGUCACCCAAUGGAGACGUGCCUUCCAGAUGCGUCCACCGGACAUCUUCUAGAGUGCGGCCUGCGUGUCCCAGCUUCUCCCAGAGCACAGAGAGACGGGUUUCAGAGUGCCCACCCUGCCCACCACCUCAGGACACCUCUGACUCCCUGUCUUUCGAGGUGCCCUACUCCGAGGGCAUCACUGCCCACCGCAGGGGCCGCCAGGGGGACUGCAAGGACUGCCAACGCAUCCGCAGAGAUGACCAUGACCUGCCAAUGUUUCAGCUGCCCAGGCCUAAACUGGGCCUCACCCGCAUCCAGGACCUGUCUUGUGAGGACAUGAAGAAGAUCGGCUACAUCUCUUUGAUUGAACUGACCACCUUCUACGACGGCCUGGGCAUCGAGCUCAAACGCAACCGAGCGGCACGUAGCAAGGCCAGAGAAAGUGGUAUAUUUGGAGUUCCCCUGACCACUCUACUUGAGAAUGACCAGAAGAAGUUCCCUGGGUCCAAGGUUCCUCUUGUGUUCAGAAAGCUCUUGUCCAAGCUGGAGCAGACAGGACUACAGACUGAGGGGAUUCUCAGAGUACCAGGGUCUGCCUCCAGAGUAAAGCAUCUGCGCCAGGAGCUGGAGCAGAAGCUCUAUGAGGAUCGGUUUGACUGGGAGCAGGUGAGGCACAAUGACGCAGCGGGCCUCCUGAAGAUGUUCAUCAGAGAGCUGCCUUAUCCUUUGCUCACGCUCCAGCACGCUCCUGCCUUCGCCGCCGCACAGAAUAUCUCCUCUCCCAGACAGCAGAUCCAGGCCCUGCACCUCCUCAUCAUGCUGCUCCCUGAGCCCAACAGAGACACACUCAAGGCCCUGCUGGAGUUCCUGAGGAAGGUGGUUGCCUAUGAGGAGAAGAACAGGAUGGGUCUGUGGAACGUGUCCAUGAUCGUGGCUCCCAACCUCUUCACCUACCGGGGCAAGAACGCCAAACAGGAGGAGAUGCAGGGCGCAGCAGGGGCAGCCCACCUCGUACGGCUACUCAUCACACACCAGGAUCUGCUCUGGACCGUGCCCUGCUUUCUCAUCUCCCACGUGAGGAAGUUAAACGAGGCUGGUGCCAGCAAGAAGCCGCCCAGCUCAGAGAAGACCAAGAGGAAGCUGCUGCUGAUGAGGAGGAAGACCACUGAACGAGAGAAGACUGAGAGAAGCGAGCUCACUGACCUCCGACAAGGGGUCAUCAGGGUUCACGCCCCACAACACGCCAAGAUCUCCAUGGCGAUCCAGCUUGACAACGAGACCAAGGCCAAAGACGUUAUGGCGCGCUUCGACUACGAGAACGGUCGUGGCACCAGAAGCACUAGCCGGAGGCCACGUCAGUAUUUGUUUGAGGUCGGAGGAAACAUAGGUGAACGCAGCUUGGACCCUGAGACUCACCUUCUAGACGUGUACCACGUGAAUCCCCACUGCGAAUGGGUCUUAAAACCCACAACCACAUGAGAACUGUGGAAUCACUCACUCAACACAGAGCACAAGCAGACUGAACCACUGCUCUCUUGAGGUCGUCCUGGUGAACUGACCAUGCAUGGAGGCCUGGUUGAAUUGAGGUUUCAUCCCCAACUACAGACCACUAAAAAGAGAGACAGCACUUAAAAGGAAUUAUGGAGAGGUGCAUUCUCCUGCUGAAGGAAAGAAGUUCCUGUUUUGUGGGAUUAAACCUUUUUAACAAAUGACUAAAAAAAGGACGGAACCACUGUACUCUGAAAAUCUGGGUUCUGUAUGGAAGUAUUUGGAGGAGGGACAGCUUUGUGAACACGUGCCACACACGUGACCAACAACAUACCAUUUCUGGAUAUUCGAAUUGUUUGAUGCCAAAUAUGUGCGCAGCAUGGUUCACCCACUACAUAAGGGACUUGCAUUACUAAUGACCUGAACUGCAUGCCUGGAGAGUGUUUACAAUACAUCCUCUAAUGAAGAAGAGGAGAAAAGGACAUUAAAGAAGGAGCUUCAUAGCAGUUUGCCUGACAUGCUUCCAAACUGAUCUUACUACGUUUCACUUCAAGCCACAGUGUUCAGUCUGUUUUAACCAGGCUAGUGUUAGCCUGCUUACAGUGUUUGAACUUGUGAAUGAUGUUUACUUUCAGGGCAUGUAUGUACAGUAUGUAUGUAUUAGCCCAACCAACCUCUCCACUUUGUUCUGGGUCGUUCCACCAACUUUGUGCCUUUUGAGAAGUGUAACUUAGUCAAAAAUAUUGAUUUCACCUCAUUUUAACAUUGUCAUAAAGAGCACAUGUUAAACUUUAUAAAAAAACUGUUUUCCCAUCAAGGUAAAAUUACAAAUAAAUAAAUAUGUUCCUAUUAAGUGCCAAAUAAAGUAACAUGGCUGACUGUAACAGGGUUGAUGAUUUAAUCUUAAAACAGCCAUAAAUCCCCUUGUGACUGGGGGAAUAGAAGUGUGUUUGUGAGAAAUUUGAAAGUAAGCUUCAAAGUGUUUUUUAAUUGUUAAAACAAUUACGUUAUGUUCGACCCCCACUCACUUUUCCACCACAAAACACCAGAACAUAGUCAAAUAAGAGUAGAACCAGCUCACCUGCUUUUACACUAUGGGUUUGACUAGUAAAUGUUCAAUGUUUAUUUUGAAAAACACAUUUAAAAAGGAAUAGUUUGGCCACGUUAAACGAGUUCAGUUCACGUAACAAGGUUAAAUCAAUCACUCAUCACAUUAAAUACAUCUUCAGAAAUGACUUUGUCAGAGAAAUAAAAUAACUAGGGCUUUACAAUGAUGGUGAAAACUUGGGAGACAUUUUGCGAUUUUAAGGGGUUUAUAGUCUUUCUAGAGGUCUGAGUGCACAGAGGGACAAGUCAAAAUGCAGAAUUCUGACACUAUUCAAAUAUUUAUUGGAUUCUCCAUGUGGUCUAUAUUAAAGGGCACUUAAUUUAAUAUAAGAGGCUUUUAAAGUGCCUUAUUGGUGCACGAGUUCUACUUCGCAUAUUAAAGACACUCUUGGUGGAACGACCAGCGGUGUUAGCCUAGCCUGGCUUCCAAACUAGUUUCACUUCAAACCAUAGUAAGUUCAGUGUUCAGUCUUGUCUAACCAGGCUAAUCUUAGCCUGCUUGCAGCAUUUGAACUUGUGAAUAAUGUUUACUUGCAGGUCAUGUACUGUAUGUAUUAGUCUAACCAACCUCUCUACUUCUACUAUGCUGGGGUGUUACUGUAGUUCAGUGUUUGCCUGUGCCAUGAUUGUCAGCCUUUUGUUGUUGCGUAAGUAUUCUGUUGUCCCAAAUGAACCUGUAGAAAAUGCAUGGAAAAGAUCGUAAUGUUCAACAUGACUUUGCUCAGGAUUAUUUAAUUUAUCCUUCCAACGCCAUUGUGUAAAAAAUUAUUCUGUGAAAGAUUAAUUUGUACCAUAGACUUACUACAAUAUGUGUGUAUUGUCUGUAUAUAGAAUACUGAAUUUUGCACGUUUUUAUUUUAUUUGCGUUCUUUUAUUAUUUGACCACUGCUGACAGUUUUGGCCAAGUGGCACAAUGUAUCACUGACACAGUAACAAUUGAAUAGAACGUAAAGUAAAACAUGUCCUUCUCACCUCAGAAUCAUAUGUUGCCUGAGCUGUGCUGUUCACAAUUGUUUUUCAGUUCAGUUUCUCCUCAGAAAUAGCAUUCAAACUAUAUUCAAACAUUCUUCUGAUAGUCUGCAUAUUUUCCCAGGAGUACUGACAGUCGUGGCAUAAAACGGAUCAUAUGAAAAGGAUGAAGGCUUUGGAAGCAGCUUUGAUAGAUGUGUUAUGCACUGCUUUAAUACGUAGGUAUGUGAGCAGCUCUAUACUGGAGCCAACAGAUCAGGUAUGUCUAGACUUAAAACUACUGCACUGACAGACAAUGCAGAUGGCUUACUUAUUUUAUUAACAAAUAUACAUUUUCUAGAACAUCA